AUGGGAGAUAAACAUACAUGGACCAAUGAGCAAACAAAAUGCUUAUUGCAAACUUGUAUUGAAGAAGUGCAAACCGUGGGUAGAAAAGGCUUGAGUUUGCACAAACAAUCAUGGCACAAGUUAACUAUUAAGGAAAAGUAUGGCGUGGAUUUGAAUCAACGACAAUUAAAAAACGCCUAUGAUAACCUUAAAGCCAAAUACACAGGAUGGUUAUACUUAAAAAACAAAAUUGGAAACCUUUACAACCCACAAACAAAUACUUUUAACUUAACAAAUGAGGAGUGGGAGGACUUUAAAAAGGGACAUCCGAAAGCCACUUCUUUGAAAAACGUCCCAUUAUUGUUUCCAGAGCUUUGUGCAGAACUCUUUGAUGGAAGCAGUGCAUUUGGUAAUCUCAGCUAUGCCACAUCCCAAACACCAUCGAAUCCACCUUCUGCUGAUUCACCUUAUGCUGCUUCACCUUCUGGUAACCCCAACAAAAGGGCUAAACCCUCAACUCCUAGACCUUGA